AUGGAUUCACCUGUGUCAUCUCAAGACGACCGAGACAUCGAAGUGAACGUCGUUUCCGGGGCAAGCAGUCCAGACAUCACCUCUUCCCCGACCAGGAAGGACCAGAAGAGUCCCUUCUAUGAGCUGAAGAAGGAUAGAGAAGAAAAGGCGACGGGAAGCGCGCCGUAUACGAGUUUUUCGAUUAGUUCUAUAUUGAACCGAGCGGAGCCGAGAAGGGAUAAUGUGCUGGAGGCCGCGUUAGUGGCUAAUCAAUUCGGGAAUGCUAAUGAUGCUAUGCUGUCGAGGCUGGGCCUCAUCUCGCAAUGGAGCGCCCUGGCCGGCAGGUACGGAGGCCUGGUGCCUGCGCCCUGGUAUUGGCAGAGGCCUCACGAGAGGACCACCCCACCUAGAGAGGACUCCACGACCAACGAGGAGGGUUCCGCGGGAGGGUCCCCCCGCCCACGCUCCCCCCCGCGAGCGCAGACCCCGCCGUCGCCCUCCCGCUCCUCCCCGCGCUCCCCCCGCCUCCACCCCGCCUUGUACCCCCAACAACAAGACCCCCAGGACUCCGACCCGGACGUCGACGAAAGCGACGACUUCGAUAAAGACGAAAAACGGGACCCCAACGCGAGUUUAGGCAAACGAAAGAAAAAAACCAGAACCGUUUUUUCCCGCUCACAAGUUUUCCAACUGGAAUCCACCUUCGACAUGAAGCGGUACCUCAGUAGCUCCGAACGCGCCGGCCUGGCCGCUAGUCUGCAUUUAACUGAAACGCAAGUCAAAAUUUGGUUUCAGAACAGACGCAAUAAAUGGAAGAGACAGUUGGCGGCGGAGCUGGAGGCGGCUAAUAUGGCGCACGCCGCCCAACGGUUGGUGCGCGUCCCGAUUUUGUACCACGAAUCUAGACCGACUUCAAUGCCGCAUACGCCUUUGCCAAUGCAUCCUCAAUUUUCGAACGAACCGGGGGUGUACUUCCCCCCUCAAGCGCCACAGCAGCUGCAGCCGCUGCCGUCGUCGCCAGUAACGUCUAGAGCACCGCUUUCAAGCUUAGUGUAG